AUGUAUGUAUUUCUGGCUAGCCCUGGAAGGGGGGAUCCGAUAAUUUAUCUGAUGCAGGCUGAUGAAAUGAGUAAAUUGAUUUUCAUGGGACUUGACUUGAAUCAUGCCAGCUGGCAGGGAAUACUACUGCUGCUGCUGCUGCUGCUGCUCUAUAUAUCAACUAUUAAGCAUGUAUUUAACCACUACUUGCUGCAUUUGGGGAAUCCGCCAACAAAGUUUGAUGGGGGAAGAGAAAUGCCAACUACGCCCGCCCGUCGGGAACUUCAAACCGCCAAUCAGCAUGAGAAACGGCACUACUUGGCUUUCCCUGAAACCGGACAAUCCACCCUCGGUUUUCUUUUUUUCUUUUCUUUCCCUCUUGUCGAGACUGUCAUGGAUGAGGGAAAUAGAAUCAAGUCCGAAAUGGGUGAGUUCCCGUCCAUUUCAAUUAUGAGUAGUAGUUUUCCCCCUGGGCUGUGUAGGAAAUCAUUUGCUGGUGGAACCGGACGGGGAAGACGGAACCCCCGUUCGUCUCUUAAGGUCCAGGGUUAG